UGUAUAUGCCAGAAAAGGCGCAUUACCAAAACCGGUUUUAAAUGUUAAAUAUUCUCCUACUUCGAACAGGGUCUUUAUACCUGCCCCUUUAAGGUUACACAACCGGUAGUUUCCUUAUAUAAGUGCGCUAUAUAACACACCAAUAGAACCGCGUCCCUGAUGUCACGUGCUUCUUACGUGAGCGAGAAUAUUACACUCAAUGUAGCUGUGCAGUUGUUACAAAUAUCUUCGUUUUCUGAAAUGUGGAUUUGAUAUUUACGUUUUCUACUGGGUCAUUUAACUUAUGGAUGUCCUUAGGAUGAAAACACACGUCAAAGGGACCUUUUUACGAAUCAUUUUGAAGAGUAUUUCAGAAGAAGAGUUGAGGAGGAUUACGCUUUUGGAGUCUAUUGUUGGAGACAUUGGGUCUUACAUAAAACCAGUGGGUCAUCUGGUCACGCUUUAUUCGGAGACCUCUCACAUUAUCAGCAUCAAUGACUUGGGCCUAUGUGGAAUUGAAAUCCGCGGUAUGAGAAAAUCCGCUUUUAAAUCCGAUCAAAAACGGUUUCUUGUGUCAUUCACAUUCAUCAUCGGCUUGUUUGGAUAUUUGGCGAAAACACUCAACAGUUAAAUAGAAUCUUUCAUACGUUUAUUUUUUCCGUAUUUCUGACUACAGACGGAAACGUUGGAAGUUUUUUUGUCGUUAAGUUACUUUCCUAAGAAAUCAUUCAUCGUUUAAGGUCGUUUUUUGUGCCUAGCAAAGGUGAUGGGGCAUAAAUGUAGUUUCCUGCCGACGGAAUUUAAGUGAUUAUAUGGAGGCCUCUUUUUUGUCUGAAGUAUUAAAUAAGAUUGUUUUCUAUUUGUAAAGUGUGUUUAUAAUAACAGCAUCUUAGUCAUUACACUUCUAUCUCUACCCCUUAUCUCGGAGAAGCAUUGCAUUUUAUGAAUUGUAGCAGAAAAUGGAUGCAGGAAUUCAAAAUCACACUGAACAUUAUGUGCACGGCCUCUCCAACCCGAGCUCAGCCGGUCUGUGUGCGGAAAUGCUCGGGGUGGCCGAUGAGGCGUGCAGUGCUGGAGAUUUCGAAUUGGCAGGGGAAAUUUACUCGUCUCUGCUCGCCGAGCUCCAACACACUGACCGCAGCCUUUGCCUCCGGAAAGCCGAUGCUUUGGCUCGCGGAGGACGCAUAUCCGAGGCGCUGGACUCCUAUCGCAUCGCUGCAAACAUCCAGCCACUAAGGCCUGACGAACUGCAUGUUUUAGUCGAUGUUAUAUCCCUAACCAUACGUGUGAAAGAGCAAAGUGACCUUAAGAACUCAAACUUGGGCAACGGAUGUUUUGAGAGCGACGAAUUGAAGGAGGAACAGAAUUUGAACUUGUUUUCAUGCCGUCUUUGCAAGUGCUUGUUAUCAGAACCAACUACCCUGGUAUGUGGACAUACUUUCUGUAAACGCUGCCUUGAAGAGGAUGCGGUGAAAGAGUGCAAAAGUUGCUGCGUAAAAACAACCACAUUACUCAAAAAGUUUAAUGUGGAAGGACUCCGAGUGAAUGUUAUAGUCAGCGGUUUGAUUGAUAAAUGGUUCCACUCGGAAAGCCACGCGAGGCGAUGCUGGUUGGAAGGGGAAAGUCUUUGGAAAGAAGACAAUUUAUCCAGCGCCAUCGAAAAAUUUAACAAAGCGGAUGGAAUAGAACCUUUUAUAUGUAGGCUCCUAGCAAGACGGGCUGAGCUGCAUAUGGAAAUGAAGAAUUUCGGCCAAGCAAUCCAGGAUGGGGACACCAUUUGCCGACUGCGCCCCCUGUGGCCAAAGCUUGAAUUGCACAUUAUGUCAAGCCAACUACUUGUCAGGAAGUCUCACUUUUUACUUUAUGCAAGAUACUGCUGCCAUCUACAGGCUCACUACAUUAAGGCCACAGCUUUUAGAAGCAUAGGUCAAAGUGAAGAUGCACUGAGGGAGUAUUUAUACUGCGUGGCUUUGAAAGCUGACUGGAUUACCGUAAAACUGGAUGCUCAGAAGAUCCUGAGUGACAUGUUCACUUCAGUGUUUGUGAACGAUGGUUUGGACACAUCCCAGCAACCUCUUCUGGCUGGCUCCAUCCCCCGAGUCAAACCCUCAUCCCUCCUCAGUUCUCUUCACUCCCCUCUUUCUAGAAAUGGAGACAAAGCAGGCAGCUCCAAGGAAUCCAGUUGCACUAAAUUCCAAGAUGGAAGUUCCAAUAUUUUAAACCGGACUGAAAACAAUGUUAACUCUCUUGGCAUCUCUUGUGUAUCGUUAGCACUUAAGAGGAAAUGGACAGAAGAUCCAAAUGACUUUCAGAUGCCCAACAAACAACACAAAAGAGAUGAAGCAUCGUCAUCCAAAUCUCUGCCUACUCUUUCUGAAGAAAGGCCGGUUCCAUUGCAGCUGCUGGACAGUGCAGACUUUGAAUGUUCUCUCUGCAUGAGACUGUAUUAUGAGCCUGUCACCACUCCCUGUGGACAUACCUUUUGCCUCAAGUGUUUGGAGCGCUGCUUAGACCACAACCCCAACUGCCCCCUGUGCAAAGAGAACCUUUGUGAGUAUCUGGCGACUAGAGCGUACAACAAAACUUUUCUCAUGGAAGAAGUUUUGCAGCUCUACCUGUCUGAUGAGCUGACAGAAAGAAGAAAAGUUCAUGAAGAAGAAAUUAAAGAACUUUCAAACCUAAAUCAAGAAGUGCCAAUCUUUGUGUGCACCAUGGCAUUUCCGACAAUUCCUUGCCCAUUGCAUGUCUUCGAGCCUCGAUACAGGCUUAUGAUUCGCAGAUCCAUGGAAACCGGCACCAAGCAGUUUGGCAUGUGCAUUGCCGAUGAACUAAAAGGGUUUGCAGACUAUGGGUGUAUGCUGGAGGUGAGAGAUGUAAAGUUUUUUCCUGAUGGUCGCUCAGUGGUCGACACCAAAGGUGUUGCUCGUUUCAAAGUUCUCAGUCACGGCCAGAGAGAUGGGUAUCACACAGCCAAGAUUGAAUAUUUGGAGGAUAAAAAGGUUGAAGGAGAUGAGUUGACAGAGCUACUGAAGUUGCAUGACUCUGUCUAUGACCAGGCCACAGGCUGGUUCACCUCCCUCAAAGAUGACAUGAAGAAUCAAAUCAUCAGCCACUUUGGCCAACUGCCUGGUAAAGAUUUAGACCCACAGGCAAACCCCAAUGGUCCAGCUUGGUGUUGGUGGCUGUUGGCUGUGUUGCCAUUGGAAAACAGAGCCCAGCUUACCAUCCUCGCCAUGAACACCCUUAAAGACAGACUAGUCGCCAUUCACAGAGUCCUGAUUUUUGUUACUCGCAAACGUUCUCGAUGAGAACUGUGGUCUUGUUGUCCAAAUGAAAAUGUCCCUAUAGCUUGGGAAUGCUGCUUCACUGGGUCAGGAAGGUGUCUUCCAGCCAUUGUCUUGAUCAUUUAUAGCUCACAACCCUCACAAUUUACACACAUGUGAAAUCUUGAUAUAUACAUUUAGACGUGUCAAUGAGCAGUGGUGAGGUUAGUGCAGUAACACAACAAAAGUACUUGUCAGCCUUUAUUAGGAAGCCCUCAUUUAUUCCAUAUGCAGUGAAACCGUAAACCACUUUUAUGGUAAUAACAAACAUCAAGAGAACAGUGGGAAUUAUUGUCUUCACCGCCUCUUUCCCAUGAAUCUACAACCUACAUUAUAUGUCUGGUGUGUGAACCUGACCAAAUACUACCUUCUUAUUUCCCUGAUGCAUAAUGUAAUUAUAACAUUAUAAAAAAAAAAAACUUGAUUUUCAAAAACUGGAUAAUGGAAUAUAAAGGCUUCUGGUUGUGUGCGUUCCUAUAUUUUGACACGCCCUUCUCCAUUACUCAGACCAGAAAUGAUAAAUUUCAUCAUAAAUUGCAAUGUCCUGCUGAUGUGCAUUAAUACUCUACUUGGAAUAAUCUAGUAGCGCACUCACUCAGAGCUAUAAUCACAGCCUUAAUGUUUAAGUAGCAACCACAGGGAUGAAUUUUUUUGUUUUGAGUUUGUCAUUUUAUUAAAUUAAAUCUUAAUUGGAGAAGUUUAAAGGAGCUGUAUGCAACAUUGCCUCCUAUUCCUAUCUCCUAUUGUCCAAAUAUUGGCAAGGGUUUUCCCUGCCCCUCCUCCUCCUCAGACAGGCUUACAGGAGUUGCCAGAGACUCACAGGGGCGUAAUGGAAAGCAUACAUCAGAUACACAAAGUUUAUCUGAUCAUUUAUACGUUUGGCCCAGUUUUGUUGUUUGCAAAUAUAACUCAAUCAGCAGCUCGUUUCAGAGGUAUUGCUGUCUCGUUUAAAUAACCGUAAUAAAAUGUUAUAUUACUCGCAAGUUGUUAAACAACAUAGUAAUUCUUAAAGUUCAAAAAGUUUCAUCUUAUUGCUGCAAUAUGCAAUGAUUGUCGCCAACUUGCAACCGAGGUGUCCAGACACACUAGUGGGUAAAUCGUCAGUGGGCGUGGUCACACGGACCAAACAGACAUUACGGCACAAACGCACGUUUUCGAGAUAAAUAACUGCUAUAGCAUUGUUUUUUGGAGAAACCAAUUUAUGAACUUAUGCAUGUUUCCUUAAUGUCUACAAACAUAUUAAGGUAAUGUUUCGAUUUGAUUCAGUAAAAUGAUUACAUACAGCUCCUUUAAGAUUAAUCAAUUAGGUAUUAAACAAAGAUGCCAACAAUUGCUAAAAAUAGUUAAACCAUACAUUAAGUUGUAAGAAGCACCAUUUGUAAGUGACAUGUAAUAUACUUGAUAGGAAUAUAUCUGUUCAAAUCUUUAUAAACUGCAGGAGGCCUUUGAACAAUCACUUUUUUCUCUUCCCACUGUGCUUGUGUCUGAUGUGCGCGUCUUUUUUCAUCUGUUCUUCGGUGCAAAUUACCACACAAAUGCUGCAUUGUUCUUUUGUGUAAAUAUGUGUCAAUACGAAAUAAAACUUUCUUUUAUAAUUUAAAA